AUGAAACAAAGGUUUUCAGCACUAGACGUCCGGGCAACAGUAUCCGAUUUGAAAGAAAGGAUUGUUGGCCUUAGGUUACAGAAUGUUUACGAUAUCAACCCAAAAACUUAUCUUUUCAAAUUUUCAAAGGUAUCACGGUAUUUCUUUAUUAAGUUGCGAAAACACAUUAGAACAAGAAGAUUGACCAACGUCAGACAACUUGGUGUUGAUAGAAUUGUUGAUUUUGAAUUUGCGGGUUUUGGAGAGGGCACCACAUAUCAUAUUAUAGCAGAAUUUUACGCAUCGGGUAAUAUUAUUUUUACCGAUCAGGAUUAUACCAUUUUGGCUUUGUUACGUGUUGUUCAGCCUAAAGAAAAUGAAAAAAUGGCAGUUGGGCAAACUUAUGAUAUUAGUUCUGUUGCACGUGUUACUGAACCAGUAACACGAUCACGACUACAAAAAGCAUUAACUACCUCAUCUAGUAAAGAAUCUAAAGAAUCAUUAAAAAAGGUUUUGAAUAAUAAAUUGAGUUAUGGACAGGCAUUGACUGAGCACGCAAUUCGUUUUGCUCAAAUAGAUCCUAAUAUGAAAGUUGGGACCAUAGACAUCUCCGAUGAUUCGGAGCAUUUAAUUGAAUUAGAAAAAGGGUUUAAAGAAGCAGAUCGAAUUUUAGAAGAAAUUGGAAAUACUAAACAAAAGGGAUAUAUCAUCAUGCUUCAUCAUUCAGAACAAAAUUCCACAACAGAUGAUGGUUCACAGCAAGAGGAUUGGGAGACUUAUGAUGAAUUCAACCCCUACCUCUUUGAGCAACACAAAUCUAAAUCACACAAAGAAUUUGAUUCGUUUGAUUUAGCUGUCGAUGAAUAUUAUUCCUCGAUGGAAAGUCAAAAACUAACCCUUAAGCAAAGAAAUCAAGAAAAGUCUGCGUUUAAGAAAUUAGAGGCCAUCAAAAAAGAACAGUAUUCACGUGUUGAAAAUCUUCAAAAUUCUCAAUUAUCAAAUAUUCGCAAGGCUUGGUUGAUAGAGAGCAAUGUGGAUACGGUAGAUCAAGCGAUUUUGAUUAUAAGAAACGCGAUUGCUUCCGGAAUGGAUUGGAAAGAUUUAGAAAAUUUAGUGCUAGAGGAGAAGAAGAAAGGCACUCCUAUAGCAGAAGUAAUUGCUGGAUUUAAGUUGGAAAUAAAUCAGAUCACCUUAUUAUUAAGGGAACAUGAAAAAGAUGAAGCAGCUUUCUACGAUUCGGCCAAUACUGAAUCUGAAGAUGAAAACAACAUAUCUCAGUCAAUAAUACAAGAGAAAAUUGAUGUUGAUAUUAAUUUAACUGCAUUUGCGAAUGCCAGAAAGUAUUAUGAUAUGAAAAAACAGUCUUCGCUUAAACAAGAAAAAACGUUAGCUGCUGCUGAUAAAGCUUUCAAAAGUGCCGAGCAGAAAAUUAAACAAGAUCUCAAAGAGACGAAAAUUACUGCAUCUAUUAACAAGAUCCGCAAACCUUUUUGGUUUGAAAAAUUUGUAUGGUUUAUUUCUUCUGAGAAUUACCUUGUUAUUGCUGGACAUGACAUGCAACAAAAUGAACUGUUAGUAAAGAGAUACCUUAGGAAGGGUGACGUGUAUGUACACGCUGAAUUACAUGGUGCUGCAUCAGUAAUUAUUAAAAACCCUAAUGAAGGUCAACCAAUACCUCCAAGUACACUUUUCCAAGCUGGAGUCAUGUCCGUUUGUCAAAGCAAAGCAUGGGAAGCUAAAAUAAUAACUAGCGCUUAUUGGGUUCAUGCGGAACAGGUUUCCAAAACCGCUCCGACUGGUGAGUACCUCACAACGGGCUCUUUUAUGAUUCGAGGUAAAAAGAAUUUCUUACCCCCUGUUCAUUUGGUGUACGGUUUUGGUUUACUUUUCCGAUUGGAUGAACAAAGUAUUCCAAAUCAUUUACACGAGCGUCGUCCAAUAAGGAAUGAAGAAGAAAUAGACGAAGAAAUUCAGGCAUCGGAAGAAAAAAAAGAUGAUGUUAUGGAAUUUCGUUCAGAUAUUAUAUAUCAUAAGGUCAGCGGAGUUUCUCCCGAAUUAGAGGAAGUACAAGAGCCACAACAGCAACGUUCAGAUGAAUCUAAUGAUGACAUGUCUUCCGAAAAAGUGCGAUCUGCUAUUACUAUAGACGACAUGUCUUCCGAAAAAGUUCGAUCUGCUAUUACUAUAGACAAAUCCCUAUGGGAUAAAUACAAUUUAGAUGAAUAUGGUGAAGACCAAUAUGAAAUUGAAGGAAGUAAUGAAAAGCCGACCACGAAAAAGAAAUAUAUAUCGGUAAAAGAAAAAAGAACGAUGAAAAAACAAAAACAAGGCAAAGGAGAUACCGACUCUGGAAGGAUAGAUAAUAAUCAGCAAAUUAAUAACAAAGAUUCAAAUAUUGAGGAUAAAGAAAAGCAAGCGAAAAAGUCAACACAGAUUCCACGCGGUAAAAAAGGCAAAAUGAAAAAGCUAAAAGAUAAAUAUGCUGACCAAGAUGAAGAGGAAAGGGCAAUUCGUAUGGAAUUGCUUGGAUCAAACAAAGCACCUAAAAACAAAGGAAAGAAAGGCAAAAAAGAAUCUACAAACAAAGGUGUGCCAAAUUCAGUCAAGGGAAGUAAACCAGAAAAAGAACAAAAUUUUCAAAAUAACCUUUCACAAGAUCCAGAAGCUGAUAAGGAAGAUAUUGAUGAGGAAAAAUUAGCUUCUGGUGUAAAGGAUGAAGAAGAAGCUGAGGAAAUCCGACAACUUCUUAAGGAAGAGAAUAUUACUGUAUUGGAACCUGAAACAAUGGAAAGUUUGACGGUAUUAGACACUUUAACAGGAUCACCAUUACCUGAAGAUAAUUUACUUUUUGCUGUUCCGGUUUGUGCGCCAUAUAUUUCUUUACAAAAAUACAAAUAUAAGGUUAAAUUAACUCCCGGAUCAACAAAGAAAGGAAAAGCAUGUAAGACAGCAAUAUCAUUCUUCUUAAAUGAUCCACAAUUGACACCACGAGAAAAAGAACUUGUAAAAAGUAUACCUGAUACAGAAAUGACUUUAGUAAUGUUAGGUAAAUGUAAAGUAUCAGCCCCAAAUAUCGAACAAUUUAAAAAAAUUGCAAAGAAAGCCGCAAAGAAAGAAGCAUCAAAGGAGGCAGCUAAGCUAGAUGUAUUAGACACCUGA